UGUUUUGUAAAGAACUUCCGGUGGAAAGCUGCCAUGGAGCCUCACACUGCGGGGUAUUUUCUACGCGUGCGUCUGACGUCAUCGCUGAGUGUAUGCGGCUGGAGGAGGCGGAGGCGGCGGCGGAGGAGGAUGGGACACUGCUGAUGCUGAUGCGAGAGCUUUCUCUGUGAUCAACGUCGGUGGACAGAUCCUCGCAUCAUGGAUCUACCUGAUCUCAUUUGAACACCUUUAGUUUUAUUUUUCUGGAGAAGGAGAGGCGCUGAUCCGGAGAACGACGCCGGAUCUGAGGAGGAAACGACGGCUUGGACUCGUCACUCCUCUCUCCUCCUGGCCUGCCGCGGCUGACACAGGUGGACAGAGCGGGGAGGGGAGCUUUAAAAGAAGGAAACGAAAGGAAACGAAGACAUGGCGUUGGAUUAUAAGCCCCAUAAAGGAAAUACUGACCAUUUUCGUUAAUUAGGGCUAAAAUGUUAACCUGUUAGCAGGCUAGUGGGCUAAUUUGUGUAGCUAGUCGGCUAGCAGCCGCCUCGACCAAUGGCCGCGGAGAAGGUAGAUGCUCGAAGGAGGAGUUAGAGCCAGUUGUCCGGCAUAAACACGGCGGCUCCGGGGCUUAACGGCCCCAAACAGCUGGAGCUGGUUUCGGCUUUGAGCAGCGCUAAUUACCGUUUGAGGUCCAGCCGUUGGUGCUGGUUCCGGCUCGGAGGCGGCAUGUCGGCGGUUUAGCGGCUCGCAGGCCGUGAGGGAAGGACGCUUGGCUGAUGUUGGAUGUUUUCUGGCUCAGCAGCCAUGACGGAAAACCAGGCUGUGAGUGAAAACAUGUCUUAUGUGUUAAGGUAACGGUUUAGAAGUGUGAGUUUGAUUUUUUAUUUUAAUUAAACUGAACUGACAUUUUGACUUUUAUUCACUGGAAAUUAAAAGUUUCAACCAUUAAAAACAUGGCAGUGAAUUUGAGAAGCUGCUUCCUAACGAUAGAGGUUGUGUAGAUGGAGCCUACAGUUGUUUCCGGCCCCUUGGGGCAUGCUCAGUGGGAGCCAGAGCAGCCAUUUCCGCUGGGAUUUCAACCAGUGGAUCCAGACAGCCCCAGCGGUACUGCUCAGACUGGUUUGGACUUCAGGAAAGGUGACUAUGACGAUGCAACGCCUCAGAAAAGUGUGGAAAAGCCGGUAGCCCUGGAGGACCUCAUCACAGUCUCGGCUUUUUCCUGUGAGGAUCUGCAGCUGGAAGGAAAACAAGCCAGCGCCUAUCUGCAAGGAUUGACUUUAACUGAAAGUUUUGAGGAAAUCAGAGACAGCACUUUGUCGUGGCUCUUCUCUCCAACUCUGACUGAUGUGAUGGGGAAGGAGUUGACUUUAAAAGCAGAUUCCCAUGAGGAAUCCAACGCCGUCGCUGAUCAGGGCGACCUAAUAAGCCUCGGCUCUCCUUUUAACAUCUCCAGGAGGAAUUCUGGAGAGCCGUUUCUGCUGGUUGACCUCUCCGGGGUCACCCAGGACUCGCCCACCCAGUUAAACGCUCAGAUUGCUGCAGAGGAGCAGGCAGCGCUCCCUCCCUCUCAGACUUUGUCACCUGAAACCGGAGACAAAGGUUUAUUCCCUGAUCAAGUGACUGAUCUGCCUUUAACCAGCAGCCCUGCUGAGAGCUGCCAUUCGCCGCUUUUGUUGGAUUUUGACAGUCCUGCUUCUGUUGUACCAAAAAAUGAGGCUCAGUCUGCUGUAAUCGGCCAUGUUCCUUCAGAGGAGAGGAGUGAAAACGAUGAAGACUCUGUGGAUUUGAUGGAAGACCGAAGUAGUUUCGCUGCUAAAACGCGAUCAAACCAGGAGGAAAUGGCUCUGGAUCUGUGUUUGACUGCUGAGGAGGUUCAUGACGAUGAUGAUGGUGGUUCAGAGGGGAGGCAGCAUCAGGUGGCGUCUUUUGAUUUAAACCUUCCUCCUCCUCCGGCGGCAAACGCCAGACAAGACGACGCGUCUUCUCUGAAGGCGGUGUUCGACGCCUUGGACCAAGACGGAGAUGGGUUUGUCCGCGUCGAGGAGUUUUUGGAGUUUGCGGCGGCGUACGGGGCAGAUCAGGUGAAGGACCUGACCAGGUUUCUGGACCCCAGCGGUCUCGGCGUCAUCAGUUUUGAAGAUUUCCACAGAGGAAUCUCUGCGAUCAGCAAUGGAGGUCCAGAACCGCAGCUCUACAGCUACAACCCGGGGGACGGCGCCGGCGGCUGCCCAGAGGAGUACGACGAGAACGAGGUGACGGACAGCGCGUACCUGGGCUCGGAGAGCACCUACAGCGAGUGCGAGACGUUCACAGACGAGGACACGGGGGCGCUGGUUCCCCCCGAGAUGCACGAGGACGUGGAGACGGACAGCGGCAUCGAAGCCACACUGCACGACCCCGACGACGGGGGAAGCAGGUUCUCCCUGAACUCGGAGCUCCACAGCCACUCCCUGGUGACGGUCAUCAGCGGGGAGGAGGAGCACUUCGAGGACUUCGGGGAGAGCAACACGUCGGAGCUGCUGCUGGAGCCCAGCGUGGACGGCUCCAUGGGGAAGGGCGACGCCGCCGCGCUCGCCCCGCCGCCCCAGCAGAUCAACGGCGACGCCGUCAUCUCCCCCAGCGCCCCCGCCGGCCUCCCUGACUGCUUCCAGAGCUUCCUCAGGGAGGAGGCGCUGGACUUUUUCUGUAGCCAGUGUCACAGGCAGAUCAGUCGCCUGGAGGAUCUGUCCACUCGCCUCAAUUUCCUAGAGAUGACUAGCGCCGGGAAGCGGCUUUCCAGCAAGAAGGUGGCGAGGCACCUGCUGCAGAACAGCUCCAUGACUCUGGACACCAUGAGCGACUUGACGCGGGACAUCCUGGAGCUCGCCGACAACGACAUCACAGACAAGGUGCUGCUCCUGGAGCGGCGCGUGGCGGAGCUGGAGAAGGAGUCGGAGGCGUCGGGCGAGCAGCACGCCCGGCUGCGGCAGGAGAACCUGCAGCUGGUGCACCGGGCCAACGCGCUGGAGGAGCAGCUGAAGGAGCAGGAGCUGCAGGCCGACGAGGAGCUGCAGCAGGAGAACCGCCGCCACAAGGAGGCGCUGUGCAAGCUGGAGCGGGAGAAGGGGCUGGAGCUGGAGAACGCCCAGGCCCGGCUGCAGCAGCUGGACGACGAGAACGGCGAGCUGCGGUCCUGCGUUCCCUGCCUCAGAGCGAACAUCGAGCGACUGGAGGAGGAGAAGCGGAAGCUGCAAGACGAGGUGGAAACUCAGUCCGACAGGCUGAACGAGGAGACGGAGUCCCGCAGGAAGAUGGCCGACAAGCUGAGUCACGAGCGCCAUCAGAACCAGAAGGAGAAGGAGAGCACCCAGGAGCUGAUCGAAGAUCUGCGGAAGCAGCUGGAGCAUCUGCAGCUCUACAAGCUGGAGGCCGAGGCCAAGCGGGGCCGAACCCCCGGCGCCGGGCUGCAGGAGUACCAGACCCGGACCCGGGAGGCCGAGCUGGAGCAGGAGAUCAAAAGACUCAAACAGGACAACCGAACUCUGAAGGAGCAGAACGACGAGUUGAACGGACAGAUCAUCAACCUGAGCAUCCAGGGAGCCAAGAACCUGAUGUCGGCCUCCUUCUCCGAUUCCCUGGCCGCCGAGAUCAGCUCCGUGUCUCGGGCCGAACUGAUGGAGGCCGUUCACAAGCAGGAGGAGAUCAACUACCGGCUCCAGGAUUACAUCGAUAAGAUCAUCGUGGCCAUCAUGGAGUCCAACCCCUCCAUCCUGGAGGUCAAAUAGGCCGCAGGCAGCCCAUCAGGAACGGGCGCCGCCGGCUCCACAGGCUGAAAACUUAUUUACAUCGAACACCUGGAACCAGGAAAACGAGGCAGAGGAUGUACAAAUUAAUUUAUUGGACCUUCUUACGACACUCAUUAGACUGGAUUAGAAAAGAAUGGCGAUAAAUUUCUAGAGUCCCAGGCUGUCAGUGAAAGAUAA